CUCAAAAUAACUGUCCAAAACAGAUUCUAAGAAAAACAUAUCUUGCAAAAUAAAAUGUCAACUACCACUAACCUCAUCUCCUGCAACUUCACUUCUCUUCCUCUACUCCACAAAAAAACUCCAAAGCUCAAAUCUUUUCUUAAAUCCCAAGUCAUUAACCAACCCAAUUCACUAACUUUUAAGUGCAAUUCCAACUUUUUCAAACCCAAUUUCUGUAAAACUUCAAUUUUGCCUUGUAGAAAAAGAAAUGGUUUUUUUGUAGUGUGUAAAAGUGUAGUAGAUUCUAAAGAUUCUGAUAAAGAUCCAGUCUUUAAUGAUAAAGAGAAAGAAGGGAGAGAUUGGACUACUUCUAUUUUGCUUUUUGUGCUUUGGGGUGCUCUUAUUUAUUAUGUUUUCAAUCUUGCCCCUAAUCAGACCCCUUCAACAGAUAUGUAUUUCUUGGAAAAGCUGCUUAAUUUGAAGGGGGAUGAUGGAUUUGAGAUGAAUCAGGUGAUGGUAUCUUUAUGGUACAUUAUGGGUUUAUGGCCUUUAAUGUACAGCAUGAUUCUACUUCCGACUGGCAGAAGCUCUAAUAGUAAAGUUCCAGUUUGGCCGUUCCUUUUACUCUCAUGCUUUGGCGGUGCAUAUGCUCUUCUUCCCUAUUUUGUUCUUUGGAAACCACCGCCACCGCCUGUUGAAGAAAGUGAGCUGGGAAAAUGGCCUCUUAAUUUUCUAGAUUCAAAGUUGACUGCCGGGAUAUCACUUGCUGCCGGACUAGGCCUAUUCAUCUAUGCAGGUUUAGCAAAUGGCGAUGUCUGGAAGGAGUUCUAUCAAUAUUUCAGAGGAAGCAAAUUUAUUCACGUCAUGACAAUUGAUUUCACCCUAUUAUCUGCAUUUGCUCCUUUCUGGGUUUACAAUGAUAUGACUGCCAGAAAAUGGUACGAUAAAGGAUCUUGGCUUCUACCUAUAUCAUUGGUGCCAGUCUUGGGUCCUGCACUAUACCUGGUUCUGAGACCUUCAUUAUCAGAUAUGCCGGUUUCAGUUGGGCCACCGUCGUCAGAAAAUGAGUAAUGCUGUAUAUAUAUAGAUCGUUUUUAUCAACUGACAAGAAAAAAAAGGAGCAAAUGUUGGCUACAGGAUUGACCAGGAUGGAAAAUAGUUGUUAGCAAUACGGGAUCAUUCAUCCUCGAAGUCGAUUCUACAUAUAAACAAGAGAAGGAUGCAGUAGACAUUAUAGUACUUUCAGUUCAAAUGAAUGCCGUAAAAUUUUGUAAAAUCCAUUGUAGAUUCAUAUUAUUCAGAAGCGAAAUAUAUUUUGAAGAUUUUGCUUGAACACAUACUGGGGAAUGUACUGCUGUUUUAACUUUUUUUUGUAAAUCAAAAUUUAUAUUGGACUUAAUGACCACUACUUUGUUUUGAUCAA